GGUGGUGGGGGGUGAAGAGGCAGCAUGGGUACCCCGCCGGAAGAAGGCAUGAACAUGGUCAUCGUGAACCAUUACAACAACUCAGGCAAGUGGGAACGGGCCCGUGGCGGCGGCGCCUGCAAGACAGCGGUGCUGCUGCUCAUCUGCGUGCUGAUCGUUCUGGAGAACCUGACGGUGCUGCUGGCCCUGUGGAGGAACAAGCGUUUCCACAGCCGCAUGUAUUUCCUCAUCGGCAACCUGGCGCUGUCCGACCUGCUGGCCGGCGUGGCUUACGUGGUCAACAUCUUCACCUCGGGGAGCAGGACCUACUUCCUGACGCCGGCUCAGUGGCUGGCCCGGGAGGGGAGCAUGUUCGUGGCCCUCAGCGCAUCCACCUUCAGCCUCCUGGCCAUCGGGAUCGAGCGCCACAUGACCAUGGUGCGUCUUCGCCCGUGCGAGACGGCCAGCCGCGGGCGUCUCCUGGGCCUCUUGGCGGCCUGCUGGCUGGUGUCGGUGCUGCUCAGCGCCCUGCCCAGCCUGGGCUGGAACUGCUUGGACGACCUAGACUCGUGCUCCACGGUCCUGCCGCUGUACGCCAAGAGCUACGUGGCGUUCUGCAUCAGCGUCUUCAGCGCCCUGCUGGUGGCCAUCGUCAUCCUCUACAUCCGGAUCUAUCGCCUGGUGACGUCCAGCGGGCGCAGGGUGAGCAGCCGACCUUCCGAGUGCUCCCUGGCCUUGCUGAGGACCGUGGUGAUCGUUCUCGGGGUGUUUGUGGUGUGCUGGGCGCCCCUCUUCAUGCUGCUGCUCCUGGACGUGGGCUGCAGCCGCAACGGGUGCGCCGUUCUCUACGAGGUGGACUGGUUCAUCGCCUUGGCCGUGCUCAACUCGGCCCUCAACCCUCUCAUCUACACGUUGUCCAGCAGGGAGAUGAGGGCCGCCUUCUUCCGCCUGCUCUGCUGCUGCCAGAGCGGCGCCGAGUCCACCGGGACGCCCGCGGCGGGUAGCCCCAACCUGGGCACGGCGGGGCCCACGGCGGAGAACAGCAAGAGCAGCAUGGGAGGAGGAGGAAAGGCCACCUUGAACAAAGGAGUCAACGCCGAUGAGAAGCGCGGUGAUCCCGCCGCCACCGCGCUGCCUCACCCGGCGGGACCCGCCGAGCUACUGUCCGCCGUGCUGGUGAAGGCCGGGGCCCUCGGAAAGUUCUGACAGAAAGAAAGCCAGAACUUUAGGCACACCUGCACUGGCUAAUGCAAUAUUUCCUAACCUUGAGUAAGGCACAUAUUUUACAGGCGGAAAAAUACAUCAAACAGAAAUGGCACAAAAAGAAAUAUAACUUCUGGAUUCAAAUUCAACGUAUUUAAAAAAUUUAUAUAUAUUUAUGACAACCAAAUCUAUAAUGUGGCCCAGUUGUAGCGCUAAAAAUGUGUUCACCUUGGGGGCCUUUUAUUUCUUAAUUAUUUGAUCCAGCUUUUGCAUUAGACGCGGUGUUCCUAAUAUUACGGCUGCUGAGAGGCUCACAAUGCACUAUGGUCAGUUUGAUUUGGAUCAGGAUAAAAUGAAUCCAGAUUCUAGACUAAUGAAAGCCACUAUGUACAACAAAUGUAAACUUAACGUGUUUGUAUUUAAAAUGUUUCAUGGACUAAAA